UUUAAAAUACUAUUACUAGUGUUAGGAACAUAUGUAUUAAUUAAAUAUUCUCUAAACAAAUAGAUGGAUCAGCCAUUGAGUAUGUACUCAAUUAAACACAACCAUUACUCAAAUCGAAAGAGCAAAGUGUGGGAGUUUUUCGGCGCAUUGCAAUUAGAGAACAACUGCAUUGAAGUGGACAAGGUGUUCUGCCGAUUAUGUUUGGAUGUUCAGAAAAAAGACGACGAAAGAACAAUCUUUUCAUGUGCUAAAAUUCAGUCGUAUUCCACGAACUGUUCCACAGGGAAUUUAAGUCGACACCUCAAAAAUGAACACAACAUUCGAGAUAUCGACAGUCCGAGUACUUCAUUGGCUACACGUGGAUCAAUAUCAAAUUUUUUCAAAAAAUCGACGCCAAUUAUAUCUCCAAAAGAUAGUAAGUGGGCGCUGGGACGAGAGCUAGCUUUGUGGAUGGCUAGAGAUUUGCUACCAUUUCAUAUAAUUUGUCACAGUGGACUUAAAGACUUUUUAAAAAAAUAUAGAGUUGUGGCAACUGAUGCUGACAUUCCACACUACAAAACGCUGUCAACAACUGCACUAGACGAUGUGUAUGAAUGCAUUUUACGAGCAGUUACACGGAUAGUAUCUGGACAAAAACAUUUUGCCUUAACUUUCGACUUGUGGACAGAUAACUAUAGAAGAAGAAGUUAUAUAACGUUCACCUUCCAUUUUCUGUCAGCGAAUUUUGAGAUGAAGCAUUUAACGCUGGAAACAAAAUAUUUGUCAAAAUCGCACACGGCAAGUAACAUUUUAACAGAGGUGGAAGAAGUUACUCAAAUGUAUAAUUUGCAAAUGGGAUCUAAUUAUGUCGUAACCGACCAAGGCAGCAAUAUCAAAAAAGCUAUUAAUUUGGGGUGUAUAAAAAACCACUUCUGCCUUGGACAUGGACUACAUAAUUUGCUAAAUGUUGAUGGUUACAAUUCAGAGCCGGAAAUUAAAAAUUUGAUUGUGAAGUGCAAAAAUAUUGUGAGUGCCUUACGAUUCAAGACACAUGUUUUGAGAUGUCAAGCUGACGAACUUCAAAAGGAAGUUUUGUCAAAUAUCGACAAUUUAGAAGAACUGCUGGCAUCCGAAGAUAAUGAAUGGGUCGACUACGAUGAUGAUUUUGGCCCGUUAGAUGAUGUUCCCUUGCAAACUUACAAGAAUAUUAACAACCCUAAUGACUUACAAAGUAGUUUGGUGGACAAGAGAAAUGUUUCACUUAAGAACUCGGUCCCAACAAGGUGGCACAGCGUGUUAACAAUGUUAGACAGUCUUGGGUGCCAAAGAGCCGCAUUAAAUAAGUUGCUCACAAGCAGCAAUAAGACUCAUUUAAUAUUAUUAGAAAAUGAAGCACAGCUUUUAUAUAAAUUAUGCGACUUCUUAAAAAAAUUUAAAGAUGCAGUUACCGUUUUGUCUGGAGAUUUGUAUCCAUCAAUAAGUCUUGCGUUAGUGAUAAGAACUGAAAUCGUCUCAAUAUUGGAAGAACCUGAGAACAAUGAGCCGCUUGCUUUGACUCUCAUGAAAAGCCAUAUAAAAAAUAGAUUUGAUUCAAGGUUCCCGAUAUCGGAUAUACUAGUCUGCGCAUCCCUAUUAGAUCCGCGAUUCAACUCACUUGAUUGUGUGUUGGAGUAUUGCGAGAAACAAAGUUUAAAAAGAAACGAUUUUUUGUUAAAAAUGUUUAAAGAGCUGAUUGGAGAUGUUGAACAAGAUAGCGAUCAGCAGCAAGAGUCUCAUUCUGCAAGCAAAAUCUUAAAGCUUGCUCAACGGCAUUCGACCAAUACCAAAGAUAACAAUUUGGAAGCUGAAUGCCAUCUACUCCUAAGCUUAUCUUCAUGUCAAGACGUAUUGACAUUUUGGAAGGAAAAGGCACCUGCAAUGCCCUUACUUUCGAUGCUGGCACAAAAAGUGUUGUGUAUUCCUGCAACGAGCACUCCAAGUGAGCGAGUUUUUUCUAUUGCUGGUCUUACAAUUACGCAGAAACGGUCGCAGCUCAGUCCUCACAACGUAAAUAAAGCCUGCUGAUGGAAACCACCUUCCGAUGUGUGUACCCUCAAUAAAGUGCAUUUCGUGCAACAUUUUAUUUUACAAAAAGGAGAGAGGAGCAGCAGCAAAACAGAUAUACUUUAUAAAAUUCUUUGUUGUGGCGUGUUAACAGGCAAAGAGCGCGAAAGAGAUACACGGACAAAAUGUGAGGUUUACAGAUACACCUCUUUCCCCGACAACGGCAUUCAACUGUCAACUGCAUUCUAUAAGAGCUUUUUGCUGAUUUUGGCUAUUUUUGCGAGUAUUAUCUAAAUGAAAAAUCGCAAGUGUGCCAAGCAGCUGAAAUCAACAAAUAAUUGAGCCUGGAACUCGAUAUGUUUAUAGUUAUUCGGUAAUUCGGUUCCCGGAUGGCCUCUGAGGAGGAACCUCAAUGACGAAGACUUUAAUGAGCCCAGAAAACAUUACGUAUAACACCACGUAGUAUGUGUUUCUAUGAAAACUGCCUUAUAAUCCGCACACACAAACCAAGAACCACAGUCUGACCCAUGAUAUUUGGCUGAAAAGGUGCAACUAGCGAAUCUUUUUUAUACAAAAGCUGACUUAGCAUUUAAAAACACACACCGUUAUUAACUAUACAUUCAAACGGAAAAACUGUCGCACAAUCAUAUAUUUAACACACAAAGAAACUCGGUUUAAGCAUAUUUAUAAUAUUCUUUCCAAGUCGAACACUUAUACAUGUUUGUGGACCCUAAAGAAGGAGGGGGUCCUAAUCAGACUGGAAUAUUUCGUUUUAGGCAAGGCGGCAAGUACCUUUGUAGAAUCCCACAUCAAAAACUAAUCUAUCUAUAUAUAUUUGUAAAAUCAAAUGCAGUUGUAGAUAACAGAGGAAGACUUUAAUAAACACGCAUUCUGGUUCUAAGCAUAUAUUUAUUUAUGUACGUAGACUAAUUGUAUAAACAAAAUAUUUAAGCAAUAAUUUAUGAAAAUAUAUGUUUAAAAAUGUG